ACAUGAAUGAAACAAGAUGAACAGAAAAAAGGAUAUGAUUGGGUAACUGAAAUGAAAGCUUCCGGACUGUUCCAGGAUAUUUUGUAUAUCGCAGAACGUGUUACGCGAAAUGCCGAAAGUUUGAUUUUAAAUAUGGACAACAAUGCUGCAGAAUGUUAUAAUUCUGUUGUAGCAAAGUUUGUUGGCGGGAAAAGAAUCAAUUAUACGGCGCGACGCUCCUAUGCAACAAGAUGUGAAGCGGCUGCCAUAUCCUACAACGUACCUGCUGGCGAAUUUCCGCGCUAUAUCCAUAAAAAAGUGACCCAUGCGAGCCCUGGAAAGUAUACCAAAAAGAUCAUUGCAAGACGUGCACAAAACAUUGCAUGGAAAAAAAGUAGGCGAACAUUGUUUUCUGGCAUAAUAAAACAAAAGAGAAAAGCAAUAACAGAGGCUGAUGAAAAUUAUGGAUUACCGUCAUCAGAUAUGCAUGAAGAAGAAUACGAAUCAAGAGUUAAAGAAUUUCUCAAUAACCUUCAUCUGAGCAAAGAAAAAUGUGAGAUUUUACAGAACAACACAAUCGGCCAAGCAGACUGUUUAUUGUGGAAAGAAGAGAGAUCUAAGAGACUAACAGCUUCUGUUUUCGGACAAAUUUGCAAACAACGGGCAAAUACCCACUGCGCAGCUCUUGUUAAAACAAUUCUGUACAAUCCAUUUCACGGCAAUAUAGCCACAAACUGGGGCAAAGAACAUGAAAAAAUUGCAAUUCGUUUGUAUGAAGAAAUUCACAACGUCGCUGUAGCAGAAUGCAGUUUAUACUUUGAUGCUAAAAAGCCCUAUUUGGCAGCUACACCUGAUGGUCUAAUAGGAGAUAACGACAUUAUUGAGGUGAAGUGUCCUUAUUCAGCAGCUAAAACGACACCUAUAGACGCCAUCCAAAAACAAAUUAUUAAAUUUGCAGAACUUCGGGAAGGACGUAUGUUUUUAAAACGUAGCAGCAAUUACUUUUAUCAAGUACAAGAGCAGCUCCAUAUAACACAACGUCGUAUUGUAUUUUUAUUGUUUGGACACCUAUUGGAAUUGAGUCUGAAAUGAUAUUUCGAGAUGACAACUUCUG